CUUUGAUACUGGAAUUAGCAAUGGAUUCUAAGGAUGAUGAGCUUGUGAAACAACAUGCCAAAGUUGCAGAAGAUGCUGUUGCUGAAGCUGAGAAUGAACUGGUAGAGCUGAAGCAAAAGCUCCAGGAUGCGGCUAAUAAGAACAAUGUGUUGGAAGAUAGGGUAAGUCAUCUUGAUGGGGCUCUCAAGGAGUGUGUUAGAAAGCUAAGGCAAUUUAGAGAUGGAAAAGAGGAUAAAAUUCAAGAUGCUGUGACUAGAUGUAGCAAGGAGUUGCAGUCUGCUAACACCGGUCUAGAGAGACAAGUUCUUGAACUACAGAAGGAAGCAGAAGCUGCAAAAUCUGAAAAUAUAAUGCUGAGACGUGAGUUUCUUUCACAGCGUGAAGAGCUUGAGAUUUUAAUGAUUGAAAGAGACUUGAGCACUCAAGCAGCUGAAACUGCUAGUAAGCAGCAUUUAGGUAGCAUAAGGAAGGUGGCAAAACUCGAAGCUGAGUGCAGGAAGCUUAGGAGUUUGGCUAAAACAUCAUCAUCAUCACUAUCAUCUAACCAAUCCUUGGAUAGUCAUUCAGAUGGAGGAAGGGAGAGACUCGAGGGGAGUUGCUCUGAUUCAUGGGCAUCAUCAGCGUUGAUUUCUGACUUAGAUCAAUUCAAAAGUGAGAAAAUCCGUGAUAGAAGUCUACAUGGAACUACUUCAUCCACUGAAGUUGAUCUCAUGGAUGAUUUCCUUGAGAUGGAACGUCUUGUGGCUCUGCCAGAGACACAGGCUAAAAAAUGUAAGACUGAGAAUGAAUUGAACUUAGAGGAAAAGUUGGAGAAGCUACAAGCAGAAAAGGAUGAGCUUGAACGCGAAGUUAACUGUUGUAGAGAAGCGGAAAAGAGAUUGAGCUUAGAGCUUGAAGCUGUUGUUGGUGAUAAAAUGGAGUUGGACGAUAUGUUAAAGAAGAUGGAUGUUGAGAAAUCUGAACUAAAGAUAUCCUUUGAUGUAAUCAAUGAUAAAUAUCAAGAAUCUAGACUUUGUUUUCACGAGGUUGAGAUGAAGUUGAAGAAGCUACAAGCAGAAAAGGAUGAACUUGAAAAUGAAGUUAAAUGUUGUAGAGGCGCAGAGAAGAGAUUGAGCUUAGAGCUCAAAGCUGCUGCUGGUGACAAAAUGGAGUUGAAAGAUACUAUAAAGAAGAUGGAAGCUCAGGAAGCUGAACUUAAGAUAUCGUUUGACGUCAUCAGAGAUAAGUAUCAAGAAUCUGGUGUUUGUUUUCAAGAAGUUGAGAUGAAGUUAAAGAAGCUACAAGCAGAAAAGGAUGAGCUCGACAGUGAAGUUAAUUAUUGCAGAGAAGCGGAGAAGAGACUUAGCUUAGAGCUAGAAGCUAUUGUUGGUGACAAAAUGGAGUUGGAAGAUAAAUUAGAGAAGAUGGAAGCUGAGAAAGCUGAGUUAAAUAUAUCACUUGAAGUAACCAAAGAUCAGUAUCAAGAAUCUAGAGUUUGUUUCCAAGAAGUUGAGAAGAAGUUGGAAGAGAUCAAAAGGGAGCUGAAACUAGCAAAUGAAUCCAAAACACAAGCCGAAACUAGGGUCAUCCAAAUGGAAGCAGAGGUGAGAAAGGAGAGGAUUGUCUCUGAUGAGCUAAAGAAAAAGUGUGAGACAUUUGAAAGGGAGCUUCAAAGAGAGAUAGAAGAGAAGACAAUGAUCAGAAGAGAAAAAGUAGAACCAAAGAUCAAACAGGAAGACAUAAGAACAGCUGUAGGAAAAUUUGCAGACUGUCAGAAAACAAUAGCAUCGCUAGGGAAACAGCUACAAUCUCUUGCAACACUUGAAGAUUUCUUGAUCGAUACAGCAAGCAUUCCAGAUUCUGCAAGGUAUGUUCACAAGAAGGAAGCAUUUUUACAAAAAGAUCCUCCUGAGUGCGUCAAAACAAUCAAUGGAAGAUCACUUGAGUAUCUUGUAAUCAAGAACAGCAACAACAGCCAUACCUCACCUCCUUGUUCAUCUUCUUCUGAUUCAACAACAGUGUCAUUGAUUAUGUCAACAAAACGAGGGAGUUCUGAGAAGAAUCGUAAUGGCUUUGCCACGGUUUUCACCCGAAGUAGAAAUGCAAUACAUUUGGGGAGUUAGGAGAAGCAAUAGGUUCUUGUAGUAGCUAGAACUAAUCUGUUGUUAAAUCGGAUUCUUACCAUAGUU